AAGAAAGAUUUUUGGGGAGGUCGACCAGGACUCGUUAUCCCUGUUGAUUUCCUUGGUAUUGAUCAUGACCGACUUGCCACCAUGUUUGUGUUUGGAGCUGCUACUGAAUCAAUCAUUACGCUAGUCACAAAGUUUGAAAUUUCAGGUUCAAACGGUUGGGAAAAAGCGUUCCUUCUCUUCGGCAUUGCAAUUGAAUAUGCUGUCAUUUAUUAUCCCUACUUUGCUUGCCUGACGACGUAUCACAAAAUAUUUGGUGCAAUGAUGGGUCUUCCAUAUUGUAUAGUCAAUUUUUGUGUAACUUUAACACAAACGUUUCAAAGAUGUCAGAAUAAUUCUUCAUCUGGCAUCGCAGUAAUCGUAUUGAUGAAUUUGCCAAUAGUGAUAAGCAAUCUGUUUAUCCUGGGCAAGUUCAUAUUCGUAUUUUAUCGGGAAAUUAAAGAAUAUGGAAUCUUCGGAGUAAAGCUAUUUUCCCGCGAUGAUGAAAGUUCGUCUCCACAAGUGAAAUUGCUCAGACCUUGGUUGAAGGAACACGUGAAGAACAUUUUUAAACCAAAACCUCGUCGUCAAUACUCAAGAAUGGAAUUUUUUCUGAGGAAAGUUUACAAUCCCGAAAAAGAUUUUAAGUUUUCGACUGAAACUCUCUCUGUGAUGAUGAUCUGUGGCAUUCUGCUUUAUAAUUUUUGCAUUGGAUUAAUCUAUUUGACAAGUGUUGCAUUGGAAGAAAUCGAGGAAGCAAAACCUUAUUCGACUGCUUUGGAAGAAGCAUAUUUUGACUCGUUGCGUGCGGUUGUUGGUUCAUUAUUGGCUAGUGCGAUCCUCACGACUGUGAUCUGUGCGCUCUCCCUCAUUCUUUUCAUGGAAAAUCAUAAGAAUAACAUGCUGAGGAUGUUCAGAGGGGAUAAAUCGUUCAUCGCUAAGAACAUAAGCGUGUCACAGUUCAUGGUUGGAAAAGGACUUCGAUAUCACAGUUUUCAGAUUGGUUACUUUUUGUGGGGCUUUCUUCUAAAUUGGAUUUUCAUAUUUAUUCCAUGUGUUCUUUUAUAUUCCUUGAAGUUCUCCUUGGUUCGGAAUUGGAUCCUCGGCUAUGUCAGCGGCGGCGGGUAG